UCCAGGCGGGUGGCGCUUGGCGGGUUCUCGGCCGCUGGGUUCCGUCUGGGAACGGGGCUUUCCCCCCUGCGGUGGUUUGGUCGCUGCCGCGGGUCCUCAGGGUUGAGCUUAAUUUUUUUUUUUUUUUCUUCACUGCGUUAUUCCCCUUUCGUAAUCCCAACCGCAGCUGGGCUCUGAGCUCCGAGCGGCCAAGGGAGAUCCAAGGGAGGGGCGGGACCUAGGUUUGAGUCGGAGGCUGGAAUUGGUAGAGGCUUGCUGCGCUGGAGGGAUAUGGCUCAGAGUUUGUUUUGUGUCUUUUCCUUGAUGCCAUAUGGCCUGUGAUGCCCAAGAGUGAAGCUGCCCUAGACUUAGUACUUCCAUCCUGGCUGAGGUGGUCGACGCAGUGUCACCAGAAAGUGAGAACAGACGUUUGAAUGGCACUUUUGUAGCCGGCAUUGCAAGGAGUGGAUGCCAGCAUGAUUGAGAUCUGACCAACUGUGUCAAUACUUCAGGUGUGGAGGAAGGGCCUAACGUAGUUAACAUCUGCUGAGCUACCAUGGCAGCGCCGUCUGCUUUGGUGCCCUCCUCAAUGAUGUCUCUACCACAGAUAAUUGAGGUAAUGCAUAGUCCUUUCCCUGAGCACCUGUGUGACUGGUAGAGGAAGAUGAGCUAGUUAACUUCACUGGGAACAAGUCCACAGUCAUGAGUGAACCCCAGUGCUACUACAAUGAAAACAUUGCCUUCUUUUAUAACCGGAGUGGAAAAUACUUAGCCACUGAAUGGAACACUGUCAGCAAGCUUGUGAUGGGACUGGGUAUUACCGUCUGUAUCUUCAUAAUGCUGGCCAACCUCUUGGUUAUGGUGGCUAUUUAUGUCAACCGCCGCUUCCACUUUCCUAUUUAUUACUUAAUGGCCAACUUAGCUGCUGCGGACUUCUUUGCAGGGCUGGCCUACUUUUACCUAAUGUUUAACACGGGACCCAACACUAGAAGAUUGACUGUAAGCACCUGGCUUCUUCGCCAGGGUCUCAUUGACACUAGCCUGACUGCCUCUGUAGCCAAUUUGCUGGCCAUUGCUAUUGAGAGGCACAUUACAGUCUUCCGAAUGCAGCUGCAUACUCGGAUGAGCAACCGACGAGUGGUGGUAGUAAUUGUUGUCAUCUGGACUAUGGCCAUUGUCAUGGGUGCCAUACCAAGUGUCGGCUGGAACUGUAUCUGUGAUAUCACUCACUGCUCCAAUAUGGCGCCACUCUAUAGUGACUCUUAUUUGGUCUUCUGGGCAGUUUUCAACCUGGUCACUUUUUUGGUCAUGGUGGUCCUAUAUGCUCAUAUCUUUGGGUAUGUCCGCCAAAGGACUAUGAGAAUGUCCAGACAUAGUUCUGGGCCCCGCAGAAAUCGGGACACCAUGAUGAGUCUUCUGAAGACCGUGGUCAUUGUGCUUGGUGCUUUUAUAAUCUGCUGGACCCCAGGAUUAGUCUUGUUGCUCCUUGAUGUUUGCUGUCCUCAGUGUAAUGUCCUGGCCUAUGAAAAAUUCUUCCUGCUACUUGCUGAAUUCAACUCUGCCAUGAACCCCAUCAUCUACUCCUACCGGGACAAGGAGAUGAGUGCUACCUUCAAACAGAUCCUCUGCUGUCAGCGCAGUGAGAAUGCCAACGGCCCCACCGAAGGUUCUGACCGCUCUGCUUCGUCGCUCAAUCACACCAUCUUGGCUGGAGUACACAGUAAUGAUCAUUCCGUGGUUUAAAAAGGAACUGAAAGAUCAAAAAGAACCGCCGAGAAUUUUUAUUGAUGGACGAACAAUAACAGGCUCGAAAACCACAUAGAGAGGGCUGGGCACAAGGAAAGUAACAAACUCACAAGACAUUUUUAAAUACUAAUGGACUACAGAACUCUUUUUUUUUUUUCCAGAAGACGCACCCACGCACAACACCAACCACGUAUGCAGAACUGGCCAUGCUAUAGCCCUCGUCCUUUCUUAUACUUUCUGAAAGUAGAAAGCAGAUGCCUUGCAAUGGAAUUCAUAAGUAGCACUAGGAAAGUCUUAUUUAGACUACACUAACUAGACUGUCAGAAUAUGCUUUGUCUUGGUGCCAGUUGAAAUCAACUCUGAUUAAUUAAGCGUAUACCUGCUUCACUGCAUUUACAUGUAGACCCUUAGUCUUGUUUUUAAAAAAAGAACGCAUUUCAUUUAAUAGACACUUAAUAUUUAUCACCAUCCGCAUGCUUGUGAUGGACAUUAACUGUGCAGGGAGAAAAAAACAUGCUGUCGUCUUUGUAUUCUUUGCUACGAUACCAUAACUACAACAAAACAAAAAUAUUUUUCUAAUACAGGCCACAGGAAAAUGAUGGAAAUUCUGACUCUUCCUACCUUCUUCACUGGUGUGAGAGCACACUUGUUCUCUGUGUUGGUGGAUUAUUUUAAUUAGGAAAAAGAUGCUCAUUGUAAUGUCCACAGGAAAGUAGAAAAGCAUAGACUGUAUUACAGUGUUUGUUUAGAUUAUGAAAUAAACAGUACUCUAGUCACAAGGUAGUUAACUUUCUUUUCUGAAGUGUGGUCUUGAAAUAGGUAACAUACACAAGAGGUCCAAAGUUUAUUCAUGGUCAGCUCCUUAACGUAGGAUAUGUCUUUAAUGCUCUAAAAGAGACACAGUCCUGAGGCUAAACUGAAGCACAAGAGUGUUUUGUAAGAUGUAUUUAUGGUGUUGGAGUGUUUUUCCUCAUUCAUUGUGGAAUGCAAAGGGAUUUUUUUAAUGCAUAAUAUAGCGUACUUUGUAAACAUUUUUUUAAAAAAAGAAAUCUUUUUUUUUUUUUGCACUGAGAGAGAGACAUUUUUGAGGGUAUCUAAACAAUUAUUUACCCUUCAUCUCAUCAACAGUAGUUACUUGGAGCUAAGGUACAAUUUAAUUUUUUUAAUGAGACCAAAUAUAUAAUCUGUCAAACAACUGAAACCUCCAUUAUGAUAAACCAGCCAAAUAUCUGGACAUCUCAUACAUGGCUACUUUUAAGAAGAGAUACCACCUGUCCAAAUAUAAACUUGUAUGAAUUAUUAAAUACUAAUGAAAAUCCAUGGUCUGCCAUCAAAUAAAUUUUAGUGAAGAAGAGAUCUUUGUAUUAAAGAACUUGGGACCUUUGUAUGCCAAAUUACUUGUUUGUGUGUGUGCGCCCAAGUGUGCAUAACAAUGUAAUGGACCAUAAGUAAAGUUCAUGAGAGGCGGUUUUCCAUGUUGUUAGAUGCCUAAAUAAUAACUUGCUUGAGGUUUAUCAGUCAGUGUAAAGCUCUGGAAUGUUACGUAACAGGUGUUGGAAUACUGUCAUGAGGCUAUUGUGCAGAGGUGGAUAGAGUACGUAGAUUUAAGAAGGAUUCCUGAAAAAGGGAAUUCAGCACCAAGCAGGCAGAGAGAGCGUAAAGUUGCCAGUGUGUGUGAAAUCAAUGGGAGUUUUGCCAUUGACUUCAGUGGAGCCAGGAUUUUCACCUGUAAUGUUUAGCAGGUAUGCAGGGGCAAUGUGAAAGUGGGGGAGAUGAGAGCGGGCAGGUGGGCUUAGAGAAGGUGUCCAGGGAUCAUGCAUCAGUUAAACAAGGGACGGAUAUUUAUGCGUACUUUGUACAAAACACAUACAGCUAUAUUCUUUUCUGAGGUUGAGAACCAAUGAACUCAGAUUUUUCACGCAUGUAACUACAAUGAGAACUAGAAGAUGGGCUGUUUGAACUUAACGGGGGGAAAAGACCCUCCACGCUAAGCCACUAAUAAAGUUUUCUCAAUGAGUGUACAA